CACUUGACCUAGAUAAAUUGGUGAAAUUAAAACACGGCAUCUCUUAUUCCUAUCGUCAAAGUUCACAGGGUACCAUACCGACUAGCGAACACGGGGAAAUUUGUGAAGAAAUCGAACGCACUGUCACUGUUUGCACAUAAUUUCCGAGAAUUUUGAUUAAGUUGAAUGUCUAUAAUAACUUUGGUUUUGUCAAACAGAAUUGUUUCAUUUAGACGCCCUAUCAUGGGGAGCAUAAUUUCAAGGAUAUGGCGCAAGAAGUCGACCAUGGAGCAGUUAGAAGCUAUUGAGAAAAAGAUGGAGGCCCUCUUGAGCCUGAAACGUCGAGACACGCAGCGAGAAAAACAGAUGAUGGGUUCAUUACUUCUGUACUCCGUCAUUGUCUACCUACUGAUGGCGCUGUUCUUCUAUUUCUACUAUGAGGCAAGGGACUGGAAGGGAAGGGCAACACAGAUCCUUCCUUUCCUUCUGUUUCCAGUUCUAAUCUUUGGCAUUAGGAAGUUGCUUCAGUGGUACUAUGUCAAGAGAAUAGCAAGAAACCAAAUGGCUCUAGAGGACUUGAGAGCAGAAAAGAAGACAAUUCUGGAGGAAGUCAAGGACAAGGAGAGUUACAAGAAAGCCAAGGAGAUCCUGGAUCGAUUUGACCCCAGUUCCUCCCCUCCGCCCCUUCAGCCAGUGUUGGCAGUGGCCGGCCCUAAACCUGGCCAAGCACCAGUGCCUAAACUUCGCCAAAGACCCAUGACAGCCAGGGGUACCAGAACCCCCAACACACCCCCACAGGGACCCCAGCAGAGAGCCCAGCAGAGAGCCCAGCAGAUGGCCUCACCCAGCCUGGCACCCAAACUCACCCCGCAACAGCAACUAAUGAUGAGACCCCAACCGCCUCGUCCCAUCCUGCCCAGAGAGCGAGGCACAGUAGACAAGUUAGUUGACUUCUUAGUUGGUGAUGGCCCAUCCAGUCGCUAUGCCCUGAUCUGUAGGCAUUGCUACUCCCAUAACGGCAUGGCACUACAAGAAGAAUUUGAAUAUCUUGCCUUCAAGUGUGCUUACUGCGGCGUCUUCAAUCCAUCUAAGAAGGUCCGGCCUCAGGCACCCCAGCUUCCGGUAGCAUCUCCGUCUCCAAGACAAGGCUCUCCUAGCCGAGGUUUAGAAAGCACACCACGGCGCAGCAGUACCAGUGAAGGAGGCAGCCAAUCGGAUUCUGACGUUGCUUCAACCUCUUCCAGUCUGCCCUCAUCUGUCCCAAAACCAAACACCCAGACAGAAGGCACAGCACAAGACGGUGGGGAUGUGCAGGAGGGGGCAGCCACACAGGAUGACGAAAGCGACAACACACCUGCUGACACACACGGUGAGGCACCCUCAGAUACACACGGUGGGGAGAUGGAUGAGACAGAGGUAGAGGAUAUACAGGGGGAAAGUGCAAGCUGAUAGAACGGUAGGAUGCAGAUUUAUUAUGUGAUUGUGAUACUUUGUACAUUUUUUUGAGACUUGUUUAUUCAGAUUUCAAUAAGUUAUUAUAUUAAAUAUUGAUUUAUGAUACACAGAUGUUUGUGUUUUGGUGUUGAAUCAAAGCAAACAUGUUGUCCUUUUUUUUGGUCAUAAAAGGAACUUUUAAAAGAAAAUUUGAAAUACUUCAUGAGACUUGGAAAUUAAACAAGCUUGCAGUGUUUCAGCCUCUCAAGCUUUCAUUGCCGCCAGCAUUAAAUGCCAUCAGUUCUAAAUUUCUUGAAAGAUACUUUUCUCAUUAUAAUAAAUCCAAAAAAUAAUUUUUUUAAGAGAAGAUGAAUAAGAUUUUUGAAAAAAUAAUCCAUGCAAUGGAUCCUGAAUACUACAUGUUUGGUUAUUAAAGGAAAACGUAAAGGUAUGCAACACGGAACAGGUUAUACUUAGAAGAAACACUUCCCCCCAAUUCCCCCCCCCCCCCAUUUUUUUUCUAGGGCUGUGCAUUGGAACCGGGUACCCAGCAAUUGAUGCCAGGUUCCAGAUUAUGGAAUCGGGUACCUGAAACCAACUUUACAAAUUACUUAGUAAGUUCUCAGGCAAGGAAAAGGAAAGCUUUUGAAUGUGAUUUUUUGGGGAAUUAUAAAAAUGAAAACCAGGCUACAUGGGAAGACAAUAUGUUUUUCUUGUUUGAGCUUUAAGCUCCCUGUUCACACUUGUGUCUUGCUGUGUUGACACAAAGAUGUGGUAGUGUUAUCUUGCUGAUCUUUGUUAACAACAUGAACAGUAACUUCAGAGAUUUGAAGUUUGGGGUCUGGUUUCUUUACACUUACUGUGUAACUUUUUUUUUCAGUCGGGUACCCGAUUCAUGUACUACCUGUAAAAGCACACCCUACGAUUUUUGUCUUUUCUGUUGAUAUUCUGAAAUUUUGCAUUUUUUUUCUUGAAUUGUUUUGCUUUGUGUAGAAAUCAAGAGGAAUGGUUUUAAUUAUUUAUCAGAAGAAAUGCUACAAAAAUGGUUUCAUAAUUUAUUUUAAUGGUUUAAAUGAAAGAAUUAGUUCUUUUUUGUGGUUUAGGUGUUUGAAGUGUUUUUGUUGCAAAUUAUUCUCGUAAAGACUUGCCAAAAAAUUGUGAGACUAGGUUGUGGUUUCACUGAGGCUUAUACUAAACACUUUGCUCAAUAGAAUAUUUUCAAAGCAAGUGUUUAAUACAACUACUGUUUUUUUUUACAUCGGCUUUUGUAGCUGAAAACUGAUAGAAAGUGAAAAUUUGUGAAGAUUAUUUGUACAUUGUUUUGUGUUAUAAAACACAUUGGGCAAUGUAAAAUAUUGUACGACUGGUGGGCAAUAUGCUGUGUUCUUGUCAGUGUCGUCAAAUGUCAACAAUGAUAGCUUUGAUUGUUUAACAAAAAACCUGAAUAUCUGUGGGACAUGUACAUGUAAAGCUACGUCCUUUAUAGGAACUUUUUGCUGGAUUUAAACAACUGCUUUUCAUAAACAGCACGUUAAUAUGAAAACCAAUAAUCAGAGGAGAACAAUUAUUGUUUUAUAGGAGAAUGUGGUGUUAUUCACAAAUUAAAGAAUACUUUGACAUGAUUGGCAACAAAUAUUAAAGAAGCAUUAAUGCUCCAUUAAAAUAAUUGGAGCUUCAUUUUGACAUGAGAUUUGUAUCCAUUGAACACUUGGAUAUGUAAUCAUUAAGACUUGUUUGUAAAGAUUUGGGAAAAUUCCAGAUAAGAGAGUAAAUAAUAUUUCUAUUAUACAUUAUUGGAGCCAUUUAGCAAAUAUAAAAAGACUUUCUCAAACUACACAUAUUUGGUAAUUGUGUGUAAAAUGUGGAGAAUUAUCAUGAACAUGGACAGCAUCAAAUGUUGUUCACAGUGAGAAUCCAUAGCAAAGAAAUGUGUUGUAUAAUGGCUUAAUACACCUGAAGUUGUUUUAAACUUUCAAUUUUAUUUAUCACAGUUGUCAGAUUAAACUUUAAAAAAGGGUGGAACGUUAAGAAUUGGACAAACAUUUACACAAGGCAAUUCUGCUAUUUCUCUGCUAAUUUUUAAUUGAGGGUUUAAAAAGACAGAUUUUAACAGGUUUAUACUGCAGUCUUUAAACACCUUGUCCUUAACUGUGAAUAAAUUCGUAUACCAUCAAAAGUGGGAAUUUUCAUCAGCAUUUGAAUAUUCACAUAUUUCAUGGUGAAAUUAA